UUGUAAUAUAUUCUGUCGAUCUUCGGUACUUCUCUCUGUUGCCUGAAUAUGGCUAAGGUGUGCGAGUUGAUUUAUCGUCUGUGCCCCACACAAACAGGGCAUAGUUGAAGAUAUGAAGCUGAAGCUGCCUUCUUCGCCAACCUGAAACUGUCUGAUUUCAACAUCAUUGACACUCUUGGAGUUGGAGGUUUUGGACGAGUUGAACUGGUCCAGUUGAAAAGUGAAGAAUCCAAAACAUUUGCAAUGAAGAUACUGAAGAAACGUCACAUAGUGGACACAAGACAGCAGGAGCACAUACGCUCAGAGAAGCAGAUAAUGCAGGGGGCUCACUCAGACUUCAUUGUGAGGCUAUACAGAACAUUCAAGGACAGCAAAUAUUUAUACAUGUUGAUGGAAGCCUGUCUAGGUGGAGAGCUUUGGACAAUUCUCAGGGACAGAGGUUCAUUUGAAGAUUCUACGACCAGAUUUUAUACAGCAUGUGUGGUGGAAGCUUUUGCCUAUCUGCAUUCCAAAGGAAUAAUUUAUAGGGACCUCAAGCCAGAAAACCUCAUUCUAGAUCACCGAGGUUAUGCCAAACUGGUCGAUUUUGGCUUUGCAAAGAAAAUAGGAUUUGGAAAAAAAACAUGGACUUUUUGUGGAACUCCAGAGUAUGUAGCCCCAGAGAUCAUCCUGAACAAAGGUCAUGACAUUUCAGCAGACUACUGGUCACUGGGAAUCUUAAUGUAUGAACUCUUGACUGGCAGUCCACCUUUCUCAGGCCCCGAUCCCAUGAAGACCUAUAACAUCAUAUUAAGGGGGAUUGACAUGAUUGAAUUUCCAAAGAAGAUUGCCAAAAAUGCUGCUAAUUUAAUUAAAAAACUAUGCAGGGACAAUCCAUCAGAAAGAUUAGGGAACUUGAAAAAUGGAGUAAAAGAUAUCCAAAAGCACAAAUGGUUUGAGGGCUUUAACUGGGAAGGGUUAAGAAAAGGUACAUUGACACCUCCUAUAGUACCAAGCGUUGCAUCUCCGACGGACACAAGCAAUUUUGACAGUUUCCCUGAGGACAAUGAUGAACCGCCACCUGAUGACAACUCAGGAUGGGAUAUAGACUUUUAAUGUAUUUCUCUUACCUGCUUCUGCCUUGCUGAAGACAGCUUCCUGAGACAUGGCUGCCAGCAAAACUGAAGGAAUUGGGGAGGAUUAGUGCUCGGGGUCACCAUGAUGCCUUGAUUGAUGCUGCUACAGUAACUACAGUGGCAUUAGGACUUAUUGCUUAGAUGACAAUAGUGCUCUUCACAUGUUUUAUGUUUGAACUUAUAAUAGCAGUUGACAUGGUGGUCCUGAAGCAAGCCUUUUCACCAGUAAAGAAAUAUGUUUUCUAUCACUGCAAUUAUCUUGCUAUGCUCUAAUUAUAAUUUGAAAGAUAAUAGUGUAAGAUACACUUAAAGCCAGUAUUUUACAGUUAGAAUUAUCAGUAGGAUCAAAUAGUAACUUAUUACGUACUAUAGUUAUCUAUGGUACAGAAUGUGGGGUACUCCCACACUUCAAAGUGAGUUUGUAGGGUCUUUUAUUGCAGGCCAGUGUGAAUACAAAAGGAGGACCACAAAACUAUAGGUCAAUGAGUUCAUGUCAAAGCAGUGCUAAAAGUUGUCUUUUUUUCAAGCAGUAUUCAUGAGAAGACUGAAUGUUACCUUUCCUUUUUCUUUCUGACAGAUUUUUUAAAAUGAUACAACAAAAGCACAACUGCUACAGAUUCUGUUGAGAACUGUGGCAGGUAUGGGUCGGUUUUCACAUACAACUCAGAACAUGAUGUAACUAACAUCUUUUUUUUUCCUUUUGGUACAAUAAAUAUUUGCAUGGAAAAAAUCAUAAUUAUUCAUUCUACAUAUUAAGAAACUGUGCUUAAAUAACAGUCCUAGAAAUAGAAUGACAACAACCAACUGGUCUUAUUAAUUAUUAGAAAUAAAGACGGAUCUUAAAAUAACCCGUAGCUUUUAGAACCCCAGAAGGAAAAUCUCAGACCCAUAACAUACUGUAUAGGUGCUAUGUACGUCUUUCAUCUGUGAAUAUAAAUGUUCAGCAGUCAAUAAGCAUUUCAGAGAUAUGUAGCAAGAGACAUCAUCUUUAGUGAUGCUCUAAAAACAGAGAAUCCUUUAAGACUCCACAUUUGCAUCUUCUCUGCUUUUACUCCACAGUAUUUGGGAGCCAUCAUAGUGUUCUUACUUUUCCUGCUUCUUUAAAAAUAUAUCAAUACCGAGGCAGUUUGCAGAUGACCGGCUUUAUUUUUUUAAUCGGUAUACUUCAAAAUGUAACUAAACCAAUGUUUUCGGUUACACCACAGUAUUAUAACAAUGAAUACUAAUACUCUGCCUGGAACAAUGGAUGGGAUUCUGAUGGCACACCAUAUAAAUGGAAAACUAAUGUGAGAGCAACACAGGUCUACUGUAUUUGUGUGAGAUCUGCUGGCACAUAUAUCUGCAGUACACAGACACUUCAGUGAUUAUCCUGAGGUGCUGCAAUGGCUACACCACAAACUGCUAUAAAAAAGAGAGGGGAAAAGGAUACUAUAGGCCUGAAUUCUUUUCUCACUUCAACUACUUUUACAUCACUGUAACUCCAGGACAUCAGUGGAGUCAUUCCUGAUUUACAAUGAUGUGAGAAAAAAAAUCAAACCUCGUUUGCCAACUAAUCAGAGAUGUGUUAGACUGAAUGUAAGUUUACCCCCUUACACUUAUAAGAGGUAUUAGUUUUCAGAACUUGCAAUAGAUUUUACCAGGGCCUCAUUAUAUUAAUUGGAGCAGCAUAUGAUGCCACAUCUGAUUAUACGAUGUUAUAUAGAGUCAAAAUAUGUGACUUAAUUUGUUGUGGUCCAUCACAUCAUAUAUAUAUUGAAGCCAUUAAAAGAUCAACAUUUCCCACGUUUGGUACCACACAGUUAUCAUGGAUAUCUACUGUUCUAAAUUUACAGGAAGACUAUGGUAAUCUCAAAUAACAUUGUGCGGUAACAGUGUCAGAAGAUGUUACUUUUUUGUGGUGACCACUGUAUGCAUCCUAAUAUAUUAGCAUAUUAAUGGCAUACAUGAUUUUUCAAAGCAUGGGACUCUAGGAUCUGAUCUUAUCCUAUUGAAAUCAAUAGGAGUUUCACUAGUGACUUCAACAGGAGCAGGCCCCUAAUUAAGAUUUUGUGGCAUUUUUGUCUUUACCCUUAAAUACAGGAGAAGCAAAUAGUAGGGGAUUUAUCAAUAAUAGAAUGCCUACUGUGAAUACAUUUUAGCAGCUUUUCAUAUUCAUAAGGACAUAUAUUGGUUUAACAGAGCAUUUUAAAGAUAACAUUGUCAAAUAAAUAGAAUAAUAAAUAUACCAACAUCAUGUCUACAAUUUGCCAGCAGACUAGAAAGCCUCACUUACCACAGUUCCCUUUAAUUAAUCUAUUUCAUUUAUUUUUACAGUUACAUAUAGUCAGAUGAGGCAAUAUCAGCAGCACAACAUAACUGCAAAUUACUUCUGCUGUUUAUUAAUCAUGUGUGGCAUUGCAUUAAGAUUUGUACACUUUGAAGCAAUCAUAAAAAUAAUAAUAAUUACAUCUACCAGGAACUACUUGUAUGCAACAAGUAUACCAUGUACUUAAUUUUAAACAUUUAACUUAGGGAUUUAAAAUGCUGUCUGAAAGCAGACACUAGAUACUAGGGCUAUAACAGUCUCACAGUCAUCUUAGUAAAAAAAAAAAAAAAAAGUAUUCACCUUAUUUCUGCAUUAAAGCUGGAUCCCUCCACCCCCAUUGUCUGACAUGGAGUGAUGUGGCUACAUUGGACAGUGAAACUUGUUUAAUUUGUUAACUGACUUUCUUGUUAUACAUAAGAACAUGAAGAACAAGAGUUUAUCAUCUGUCUCAAUUCUAAAUAGUUAUUAUAGUAUGAGUACUUCGGAUUCAACUAUCAAUUACAAUAAACUGAAGAAUUGCCAAGAGAAAAGAGCAUCACAAUAUUUUUUGGGUGAACUGAAAACAUUACAGGAAGAAUGUUUCAAAAUGAGCUUGUUAUCAAUUACUUUUGUUUGUUCCUAUCAGUUUUGUCCUUGUGCCACAUACAAUAAUAUCUGAAUCCUAUGGCAUGCAGUGUAUUAAUACAAAUUUAUUUUUAUAUAAAUCUUCACUCAACUUUCAUCUUCUUUACCACGUAUAUUUUAAAUAAUUUAUCAUAUGUAUGUGAAUAACCCCUUCAUUUAUAAUUAAUAUAUUUGAUUUACAUAUAUACAUUCAUAUAAAUUGAUUGCCUCAGUAUUUCCACUUGUCUCUUUUUCUUUAUGCUUCCUUUAUCAUAUAUGAAAAGAUGAUGUAUUUACAUAAGGAGAAAUCAGCUACCAUAUUUAAAACAAGCGUGUUAGCAUUGGGUUCAUACGAUACAGAUGAUCUGUAGCUCAUCAUAUUGCUGCAUUAUUCAUUAAAAAACUCUUAUUUAACAAUAGGACCAUAAGCAAAUAUUUAUGUAAAUAGAUAUUUUCGUGUUGAUAUUUUGUGGUACUCAUAUAACUUUUUAUUUGGAGUUCCAUGGCAUUAUUACUUCAUUUUUCUUAUUUGUAAUGUAAUGUUUUAGAUCAAAGUAGACUUGAAUUAAUGUCAUAAUUGUCAGUAUUAUUGAACUUUGUCAACUGUACUCUUAUUCAUCUGUUCCAUAGUUUAGAACAUGACCUAGCUAUUUGGCAUUGUUGCAAGUGCCUUAAAUUCAUGGCAUCCUAUAAAAAUACAAAUUUGGUGUUAUGCUGCAUGACAAAGACAAACACACCUCAGAAUGUUGUCCUUUCUUAGCUUGCUGCGUUUUACAGUUCUUUCUGCUAACAAUUUAUAAGCCUUUAUUAUAUAAUAUUGAUGAAUUACAGAAAUGAUGAAGUUGUUCUCUUAUUUCUGUUAAAUGUACCAGAGCUGUGAAUCUGUUAAUGAGAUACAGCGUCAUUUCUGUGAAAUGUAUAAAUGUACGUGCAGGUCAAAUUAAUAUAUGACAUACUAUCAGUCUGUAUACAGGUAUUCCUGUUUUGCUAAGCUGUGCAGAUUUAAAAAACUAUAGUGCAGUAAAGUUCUAACAUAUCAUAUUUUAUAAACUCCAUUACAAAUGUUCCACACAGACAAAUGAUUAGCAAUUAACUGUAAUUUACACCAAACAAAAUCGCAUCUCAACCUGAAACCAAUGACUACAAAAUAAAUAUCUUGUUGCACCACUCAACAAAACAGGAUCAGUGCUUUAUCUGAGCUCUUGUAUAUGCAAAUCAUUUCUGAGGCAAGCUCUCAACACACCUAGAAAGCUAAAUAUUCAAAGUAUGUUAUUAGUUCUCUUCUUCCGUAACUGUCUACUACAUAAACAGACAUAGCACUGAGACUUUGGCAAUUUCUCAGAUGUUUCAGGCUUUACUAGCAAAGGGAAAUUUCAUUCAGAGUUGCCUACCAUACUUAUUCCAAUGUAUGCUGUUUUUACACUGGUUGUUUCUUUUGUAUACUUAUGGCUAUAAUUCUUUGGUUUUCUUCUUACAAUGGAUUCUACAUGAAAGAGUUUUUUGUUUGUCAAAAUACGUCUGUCAUCAAAUGGUCACUGACCAGUUGCACUCUUUUGAUGUAGAUUUAAGAACUUUUUUUCAUAAACUUAACUGCUUUUGUUUUGCUCUGUAUUUUCCCUGCAGCUGUAAUUGCUGAGUGCCUGUUGUAUACUUUAUAGAGUUGAAAUAAAAUAAUUACUUUUGAA